AACUUCUGAUGUGCCCCUUUUGUUGUGUUCCUUGGGGAAAAGCUUGGACUUGAUGAUCUUUUCAAACCUGAAUGAUUUUAUGGUUCUUUAAGUUGUGGCUGAAGAGCAAAGGUCCAUUUGUCCCUUUCUGUGUUGUCAGAAUUUUCCAUGGAAGUGUUCCCAAAGUGCUGCUUAGGUAGUGUCAGCCAGGUGAGCUCAGAUCACUUUCCCCAGGGAUUUAAGCUCACCUGGAUUACCCUGAGCUCUUCCYAGAGCAGCUCAGGUAUCACCACCCUGGCCACUGCUUACAUUGUUCCAGCUCAUUUUGCUUACCUAGACCUUCCUGCAUCCCAGGAAUUCGGGAGAAUUUCAGUGGAUUGGGUCCUUCCUGGGCAGAGCCUUCCCCAGGCAGCCUCCUGGCAGUGGGAACUUGGCUUUYCCUGCUUUUCCAAACCCAUCCUCAGCUGGAUUCAAGCCCUCUUCCCAUUUGAAGAACCUGCAGGGCUGCUUGUGGAAUAUCCAGGCUGGAUGAAGGCUGUSCUGGAGCAUCCAGUGGAUGUGGUUUUGCUCCAUUUGGCAGGACGUGAGCUCAGGAAUUUGGACAGGCAAGAGGCUUCUCCAGGACUGAGCACAGGCAGUGGAAAACCUUGGAGAAAAACCCAAGUGCUGUUUUCUUUCGAGGAGCAGRAAGGGGAACAACUGUCAGAUCCAUCUUGUCUCCUACCAGGAAAGCCAGAGCUGGAAUUCAUCAGGUUUUCCCUGCAGUGAACAUUAGCUGCUGUUUUGUUGGAACCCAGAGACAGCCCAGGCUUGAAAACUGAUCUUUGCUUUUGCUGUGAGACUUGUUUGGGCCUUUGGCCAAGCACCAGCAUUUUCCCCAGUAACUUCUGGAAGUGAAUGGGAUUUUUUUUGGCCUCCAGUUUCCUGAAAUUGCUCCUAACAGGAGCUGGGCUAGGAGGGACAUCCUCAUUCCCCCUGCAUAACUUCAUUUUCUGUCCUAAAAAUACGAAUAAAUUAAAAAGCUGGGUUUUAUSAGCUCUGUGGCAGACAGGGUAGAAGGCAGACUGUGGUGGGAGGAGCAGCUCAUCCCAUUAAUUAAUGUGUAAUUACUGAGCUGGGAAUGAGCUCUGCCUGCCUGCCUUGGUGCUGUUUGUGCUGCACUUGGUGCCCUGGGUGAAACCAGGCCAUCAGUGUGACAUUGCCCAGGGAAAAAGCUCCUCCAGGCCAAUUGGCAGCAGCUCUGGACAUCCCUCCCUGCUSUCCUGAGCUUCUUACUUUGGUGGAAUAAAACCACUCGUGUAGUUCUUGCUGCCUGAAGUAAUUAAUGAAACAAAGCUGCUGGAACAGCUKCACUGAAACUCAAUUUUUCUUUUAAAUUGAUGCAAACCCAAGCCUAUUAUUCAAGCCAGUCCUGGAGGUUAAAAUGAGUUAUUGUGGCCUUCUGAAUUGGCCRUGGACAUCACUGGAAGGCCUGUGAAAUAUCUUCUUGCCAUCUUCAUGGAAAUAAUGUGCAUCCUGUUCUUCCUGCCCAAAAUGCCAGGCUGUGUUAUGUCUUCCUGUGAAGAUUGCUGGUCCUGUGAGGAAAUUAGAUGGACAGAAGGAAAUGAGCUGGACAAGAGGAAUGGCUGUGUAAGGGCUGGAGGCAGAUCCCAUCUCUAAGCUUUGCUUACAGCAGGAGGUUUAAGAUCACUCUGUAACAGCCCUUUUCUCCUGCUUGCUGAAAAUAUUCCUUUAUUUAGGUGGGGUUGAAGGGACACCUGGCUCUGGGAUGAGAAACAGAGAAGCCUCAAGUCCUGCAGUAGAUUUGGAGUGGGUUUUGGAAGCAGCUUUGGGGCACUGCUGAUGUGUAGCUGCUUCUGUAGCAUUUUUAAGGCCGUGACUGAGCUGCCCACUCCACCACAUUCCCAAGCUGGAGUGAUCUGUGUGCUUUGCCCAUGCUUCCAGUGGCUGUUUUUAGGGAUGCUUAACUCUGGAGCCAAGUUUAUCUUACACCAGGCAGGGAAAUGCUUUCAAAACACUCCAAUUUCCUGCCUUCCUGCCCGUCCUGAUUUUCUGUUGCUUUGCAGUGUGAAGCACCGAGUGCAUUUUUGGUCCCUGAAGGCAGCAGAUGCUUUCCUUUGUUUUUAGCUCUGAUUCURUCGUGUGAUUUGCAUUAAUGGCAUYGUGUUGCAMAAGUUUUCUGGGAGUUCCUGGUGAGUGCUGCACCGGUACCGGCACAUCCUGGGAUUGUGGCAGCCAGACAUUGGACCCUACGGGGGACUGCUGAACGUGGUGGUGGAUGGUUUGUUCAUCAUUGGCUGGAUGUACCUGCCUCCUCACGACCCUCACGUGGAUGAUCCCAUGAGAUUCAAACCCCUCUUCAGGAUUCAUCUSAUGGAGAGGAAAUGUGCCACGGUGGAGUGCAUGUAUGGCCACAAGGGACCUCACAAUGGCCACAUCCAGAUUGUAAAGAAGGACGAGUUCUCCACCAAGUGCAACCAGACRGAUCACCACCGGAUGUCAGGGGGACGGCAGGAGGAAUUCCGGACGUGGCUGAGGGAGGAGUGGGGUCGGACUCUGGAAGACAUUUUCCACGAGCACAUGCAGGAGCUCAUCCUCAUGAARUUCAUCUACACCAGCCAAUAUGACAACUGCCUGACGUACCGGCGCAUCUACCUCCCCCCCAGCAGCCCCGACGACCUCAUCCAGCCAGGCCUCUUCAAAGGCACCUAYGGCAGCCACGGGCUGGAGAUUGUCAUGCUGAGCUUUCAUGGGAGGAAAGCCAAGGGCACCAAAAUCACUGGAGAUCCCAACAUCCCAGCUGGACAGCAGACUGUGGAGAUAGACCUGGCCCAUCCUCUGCAGCUGCCUGACAUCGAGAACCUGCGAGAUUUCAGCGAGCUGUCCCGCAUCGUGCUGGAGGUGCAGGAGCAGGUCCGGCGGGAGGAGCAGCAGCAGCAGCAGGAGGAAGAGCAGCAUUCCCAGCAAGCUGCCUGCCAGCCUGCCAGUCCCCUGGGAGGAGAAGGUGCUGAGGGGGAGGAGACUGCAUCUGGGGCAGAGGGGACCACCCAGGACAAGGCACCAGCUACCCAGCCCUUCGUGCUGCCCAUGGGAGUGAUAUCGAGGAAUGAGGAUUAUCCCCGGACCUGCCGCAUCUGUUUUUAUGGCACGGGGCUCAUCGCUGGGCACGGCUUCACCAGCCCCGAGCGGACGCCGGGCGUGUUCGUCCUGUUCGACGACGAUCGCUUCGGUUUCAUCUGGCUGGAGCUGAAAUCCUUCAGCCUCUACAGCCGCAUCAAAGUCUCCUUCCAGAACGCCCAAGCGCCUUCCCGGGAGGCUUUUGAUGAGAUGCUCAAGAACAUUCAGUCCCUGGCUACUUGAUGAGUGCUUGGUGAAGGACAGGGCUCGGGGUGGCAGAGGCUGCUGCGCUGCCCGGCCGGGGCUGCCCUGGGGAGUGCUCGCUCUCGGUACCUCUGGAUAAAAGCAUGCACUUUGAAUAAAGCCUUUUUACCCCCCAAAAUGCCCACACAUCCCAGUUCAGACAUCUGUGACUGCCCCUUUCCUCUGUGCCACUCCACGCUGCUUCCCAGCAGUCCUUGUUUGCCAGUCUGUGCUUUGUAGAGAUGAAGGGAUCCUGCAGAGGAGGAAACAGCUUCCUUAGUGCAAAAAAAAAACAAUGUAUUGGGACAAAAAGAAUGC